AUGAAGCCGAGUGUGGCAGAAAUGCUGGAGGCUGAGAUUGCUAUGUCCUCGUUUCGAUUGUUCAAAGGUUCCUUGGUCAUCCGGCUGGCUGGCUGCUUUCCAAAAACAGGCCUGGCUCCCCUGGAGGCUCAUUUCCCAGAGAACUUCCUUCAUGGCCAUCUUCAUCCGAGAUCUUCAGUUCUUUGGCCCCAGCCUUGCAAGAGAAGCAACCAGGCCAGGAAAGAAGGGCUCCCCAUCAACCUGAGGACUGCUGGAAGCCAGGCCAUAGAAGGAAGGCGCUGCUUCCAGAGGCCAAAGCUUUUCCCUGGACAGUCGGGCUCUGCAGCUGCAACAGCCAGACCAAUCCUCACGGCCCUCAUCAUGGCCUCCGGCAGCCCCUGCUGGGCCCUCUUGCUGCUGCUCCUGGCAUUUACUCUUGAGGAGGAGACCUGGGCAGAGGCCCCUUUGACCGGAGGGCCCAAGCUGCCAGGCCCUGGGCAGCAGAGGUUUCUGGAUGCACAGGGAAGGAACAAAGGCAGGGGAGGGGGGUUCAUCCUGAGCAGGGAGGGAAGCCCCCACGCCAGCAGGGGGACCCAGCUGACCACAGUGAAUGAGCCCCAGGACAAGACCAAGCCAGCCUGGCUGCACACCCCAUGCCUGCCUGACCCUUGUGGGCAGCCACCCUAUUGCCAGACCUGGAUGGUCAAAGUGACUCUCCUGGGGGUGCUGGGACUUCUGGUCAUGGGUGGCAAUGGGCUGGCUAUUGCGGUGCUGGCCUCCUCGGUGUCUGGCUGGAGCCACAGUAGCCGCUUCAUGCUGCUCUCGCUGGCUGCGUCGGAUGCCGCUCUGGCAGUCCUGGUGGUGCCCCUCAACCUGUACCAGAGCCUGGAGUUGGGGCCAGCAGCCCCCAAGGAAGCUGCCAAAGAAGAGGCCGUCUACUGCCGGGUGGUGGCCUUCAUCAACUCCAGCCUCUUUGGGGCCUCCCUCUACUCCCUGGCCGGGGUCUCCCUGGAGCGUUACGUGGCCGUCUUCUUCCCUCUCCACUACUGCCGCCUCCUGAGCCCCAGGCGGGUGCUUUUGCUCAUCGUGGCUGCCUGGCUCCUGCCCGCCCUCCUCCUGGUGCCACUGGCCAUUCCGGCCCCUGUGGCCGUGCUCCAUGUCCGCUUCUCUGCGGCCGCCCUGCUGUGCGAGCCGGACUACGGCUCCAACCCCUUCUACUCCCUCUGGCUGGCUGGCACCAUCUUCUGCCCAGCUGCUGCAACCAUCGCCUUCACCAACAUGCGCCUCUGGCUAGUGGCCCGUUCGCAGCGCCAGCGUGGAAAGGACAUGGGCUUGCUAGGGAAGGCGGGGCGGCCCAAGAGGCUUCGGAUGCUCCAGCUGGAUGCUGCCGCCCGAGUACUGCUCCCGGUUGUGUUCGCCUUCUUUGUCUGCUGGGCCCCUUGCAUAGGCACCAUCGUGUACAACUCAAUCACCCAGGAAAGAGUCCCCGGCUGGCUGGAAUUUGUUGCUUUGUGGCUCCCCAUUGGCAGCGGCUUCCUCAACUGCUUUGUCUACUUCUGGGUCAACAGGAACUUCCGGCACAAAGUCCAGAAGGUUGGACAAAAGCAUUGCUUGACCUGCUGUCCAACCGAGCAGGACCUGCGGCUGCAGCACCUCCACAGCAUCUCUGCUCAGGUGAGGAUGGAUUGUGAACCUCCCGGCCUUUCCCCAGAUUGCUCCCUUGGUGUGUCGCCUUCCAGCAAUGGCCUCCCUCUUCCCCUGCAUGGCUGAUCACCUGCAGGAAUCCAAUCUGGUCUUCUUACGGUGAGGGGGUUUGUAGCUCUUAAAGGCCCCUCGCUUCCAGGGCGUUUGUGCAACUGAAGAACUAUUUGUCUCCUGGAAGAUCUCGGACUCUGGAAGGUAAUUCAGGAAAUGGAUCUAUCAAGUCAGUUGAACUGAAAAUAUGACUGCAGCCCCCUCCCCUGCUGGCCUCACUUUCCAGACAGACUUCUGCAGGACCAUCCAAGGACAUAGGUCAGUGAUGGGUGAUGGAGAAGCAUCUUGCCUGAACAAGGUGGGCUCUGUACCAGGCCUUCACGGGGGAAUGUGAGAAACCAGCCUCUGGGGAUGAUCUGGGAGCAUCCGGAAUAAAAUAGAUCUCCGGGGUGAGCAGUUCUCACAUCUUGCCUUUUACACUCUGCCUUCCCUUUAAUGACCAAUUUGUUUGCGAUACCAUGAAAAGAAAACCAGGGCCAGGAUUUGUAAGACAACCUCACUCGGUUUUAAUUCCCUUGUUUUAGUGGCUGGACUUUUGCUCUUCACUGGAGAUUUAAGAGAAGGUUUUAGCUGAUCCAUGGACUCAGCCACAACAGUUGGCCAGACUGGUCCCUCCGUCAACUGAAGGGGGUGGGAAGCGGGGGGCUCCUCUAUUGUAGAAACAUGCAUAUCUGUCUUUUGCUGAUUAGCAUUCAUUAUGUUAUGCUAAUCAGUUUCCUGAAAGAAGAAAGCUAGAAGUUAUGAUUGUGAUUUGCCCUCCUUGGUAGUAUUUUAGGACAUCCCCUUGGUUGGGUCCUCCUCAUAUCUUGGGAAAUCUCCCACCUUUCAGAAGGUCGGAUGGGGUAAGUUCCAAGACCCUUGAGCCUCUUUGGCCUGGGACGUCCAGCUUUCCCACACUGUCCCAUUUUCCUCGCCCAGUCGGCCCUUCCUUCCUCGCCUCUUUAGUAGUCUUUCCCUGUGCUCCCUCCUCCAUUUCCUUUUUUUAUAUUCUGAGCUUUUAAUGACACAGGCUGAGAGCAGAGAUCUAGUUGGGACAGAUCAAAGUCUAGUCUUUGUUUUUCCUGCCCCCAAUUUAAGAGUAAUGGUUUGUUUUGUGUGCUGGGAUGGAAUAAAAUGCAGCACGAGUGACCUCGGGGCCUGGUCAGAAGAGCCAAGGUGGUGGACGUGGCAGAGUGAGUGGCUGAAGCUUCGCCUGUUUUUAUGGGUGCCACAAUAGAGGCAGCUUUGCUCGUCUUGACGUUUGGACCUCACUCUGCCAAUGCCUUGGAAAGGCAGGCAGGGCUGCUCUGGUUAGGCCAGGAAUUCUGCCAUGAGAAUGAAUUAGCCAGCCAGCCAUCACCAAAGCAGCCCCCUCCCUUGGGCUGCCAUUGCCACUCUUCCCAGCUGGCACCUGCAUCUCGCUGGGCUAGAAGGGACGAGCGCCCGACGUCGCUGGGGUGAAAAGGUUGGGCCGAAAUGUCAGCCGUGGAGAAGAGGCAGUUCAUGGUGGCAUGUCAGAACCUUUCAGUUUUUCUUUCUGCCCACCCACCCCUGGUCCUCCUCCUGCCUUCCCUUCGGGUGUCUUUCCCAGCCUUGAUGAUUAUGUGCAGGAUUCAUGAGAAAUACCUUUUAUCUCCAUCCAAAUCUGCCUUUUUUUUUU